CCCAACCAUGAACGCAAAGCUUCUCCUUCUGCUCAGUCUGGCAGCCAUCAUUGCCGCAGACAGCCGUGAGAUUUACCAGCCACCUCAGUCUUCUCAGGACACCUCCGAGUCUUCCGAGGAAUCCUACGAGUCUUCGGAAGCCAAAUACAGCUUCAACUGGGCCGUCAGCGAUGAUUCCUCCAGCAACGAGUUCGGACACCAGGAAGCCCGUGACGGCGACGACACUCAGGGAUCCUACUACGUGCAGCUCCCCGACGGCCGCCUGCAGACCGUCACCUACUUCGUGGACGGCGACUCCGGCUACGUGGCCGAAGUCAACUACGAGGGCGAAGUCUCCGACGAGUCUAACUCUUCCGAGUCUGAUGAAGAGUCUUAGUGAUGAAAAAUAAAAAAUAUAUAUGUAUAUACAUAUUGACCGUUACUUUUCUUUGUUUAAAAUAAAUGUAUAUGAAAACGUA